AUGGCUAAAGUCAACAAGUUGCGACGUGGAUCUGACUCCCAAGCUUUAAGGAUGUCCCGGUACCCAUUAAAGGUUCUUAAAGGCGUCCAUUCAAAAAAGAAAUCUCACAAAGCAGUGGAAAAGAAAGAUUGGGAAGAUGCGACCUGUUCAGUCUGUAUGGAGUUCCCUCACAAUGCUGUUCUCCUUCUUUGUUCCUCUUAUAAUAAGGGUUGUCGCCCUUAUAUGUGUGCUACUGGCCAUCGGUAUUCCAACUGUCUUGAACAAUACAAGAAAGCAUACACAAAAGUAUGUUCAAUUCAAAGUCCGCAACCAUGGACUGGAUCAAUGGAUAGUUUAGGUUUGAAUUUAACUGAAGGUGAGCGCAAUGAAAAGACGGAAUUACCGGAGCUUUUGUGCCCGCUUUGUCGGGGGCAAGUGAAGGGUUGGACAGUGGUGGAACGAGCACGGAAAUAUCUCAAUGCCAAGAAGAGAACUUGCAUGCAGGAUAACUGUUCAUUUGCUGGAAGUUAUAAAGAGCUCAGGAAACAUGUUAAGUCAAAGCACCCAUUGGCACGGCCUCGAGCAGUGGAUCCGCUACUUCAAGAAAAAUGGAAGAGGCUUGAGUGUGAAAGAGAGCGGAGUGAUGUUAUUAGCACAAUAAUGUCAUCUACGCCAAGGGCAGUGAUCGUGGGGGAUUAUGUGCUGGAGCCAAACAACGGUGGCAUUUAUAGUGAUUCUGAUUCUGAUUCUGAUCUAGAUGAUUACAUGGAUGAUUUAAGGUUAGGGUCAUUUGAUUUUGGAAUCAUCCCACGGAGUAGGUAUCAAAGGGACUACGACUCAUUGGAUGAGGAUGAUUUUUCGCAUGCUGCAGCUUCUAAUUCUGCUGCUGCACCACGACGUAAUUAUCGAAGAGGCUAUAUAAGGGUUCGAAGGGCUGGAAGGGUUAGGGGGCAGGCGCAUCGUGGAAAUAGAGAAGCCGGGCGAUUUUUAUGA